GGCACCGUGAGGCACGGUGCAGUGAGGAACUGAGCACGCUUUCUGCCGGCUCGCAGCUCACCCCUCAGGACCCUCCACCGAGACCCCACCCGCCCCCCCUCCACGGGCCACCUGCCUGCGCGCCGGCUGGGAGCGCGGACCCCCGCUGUACGGCGGAGCCGCGGUCAAGAUGGCCGCGCCCGGCCGCGGUACCCAGGGGCGCCGCCAUGGCAGCCGCGGGACCCGCUGAGGCCGCCCUUCUAGCCGCCGCCAUGUCGGCCUCUGCCUGCGAGCGGAUCCUCACAAAGCGGGAGAGCCUGGGCCGGAGGAAGAGCGCAGGGAAAGCCGAAGAGGCCGGGUGUCCUGCGGAGAUGGCUGUGUCCGAGCCGGCGGGCAGCGCCGCGGGAUCGGUAACAUUCAAAGAUGUGACUAUGGCCUUUACCCAGAAGGAGUGGGAGCGACUAGAUCCUGCUCAGAGGGACCUAUAUAAGGAUGUGAUGCUGGAGAACUACAGCAACCUUGCCUCAAUGGGGUUUCAAGCUCCCAAACCAGACAUGAUCUCCAAGUUGGAAAAAGGAGAAGAGCCGUGGUUGGGGAAGGGCAAAAGACCCAGACAGGGCGGUCCCAGUGAAAUAGCAAGACCCAAGCAAACAGGAACCAAUGGAAAUGAAGUCCAGCAAGGUAAUGACCAGCUAGAGAACCACCAGGAAUCUCAAAACAAACUCUGUAAGGAAGUUGCAUUCAAGAGAAAAGGUCUGACUAAGAAGAAAGGCCAUGAAUGUAGUUCACUGGGGGAAAAAAGUGUGAGUACAAAACAUGUUCCGUCAAAAAAAAGGCUUAAAUUUGAUUCACAUGGAAAGAGUUUGAAACAGAAUUCAGAUUUACCUGGUCAUAUAAGAAACUAUGCAAAAAAGAAACCUAAUUUAGCUAAAGAGCCCAAGAAAUCAUUCAGCCAUAGCUUACCUGAUACAAAGAAAGACAAAAAUCAAGCUGGAAAGAAACAAAAAUUAUCCAACUAUAGCUUAUCUGAUAAGCAUGACAAAACUCAAACUGGCAAGAAACAUGAGAAAUUAGCUCAUCAUAGCUUAUCCGAUACUAAACGGGACAAAAUUCAAACUGAAGAGAAACAUGAGAAAUCAUCCAGCCAUAGCUCAUCUCCUACUAAGUGUGACAAAACUCAAGCUAAAGCAAAACCCUACGAAUGUAAUCAAUGUGGGAAGGUUCUCAGCCAUAAACAAGGACUCAUUGACCAUCAGAGAAUUCAUACUGGAGAGAAACCCUACGAAUGUAAUGAAUGUGGGAUAGCCUUUAGCCAAAAGUCACACCUCGUUGUACAUCAAAGAACUCACACUGGAGAAAAACCGUAUGAAUGUAUUCAGUGUGGCAAAGCCCACAGUCAUAAACAUGCCCUCACUGACCAUCUGAGAGUUCAUACUGGGGAAAAACCCUAUAAAUGUACUGAAUGUGGGAAAACCUUUAGACACAGCUCAAACCUUAUUCAACAUGUGAGAUCUCAUACAGGUGAGAAGCCCUAUGAAUGUAAGGAAUGUGGAAAAUCCUUUAGAUAUAACUCAUCUCUUACAGAGCAUGUGAGAACUCAUACGGGGGAAAUACCAUAUCAAUGUAAUGAAUGUGGAAAGGCUUUUAAGUAUAGCUCAUCUCUUACUAAACAUACGAGAAUUCAUACAGGUGAGAAACCCUUUGAAUGUAAUGAAUGUGGGAAAGCUUUCAGCAAGAAGUCACACCUCAUUAUACAUCAAAGAACUCAUACUAAGGAGAAGCCCUAUAAAUGCAAUGAAUGUGGAAAAGCAUUUGGACAUAGCUCUUCUCUUACUUACCACAUGAGAACUCAUACAGGUGAAAGUCCUUUUGAAUGUAAUCAAUGUGGGAAGGCCUUCAAACAGAUUGAAGGCCUUACUCAACAUCAGAGAGUUCACACUGGGGAGAAACCCUUUGAAUGUAAGGAAUGUGGGAAAGCUUUUAGCCAAAAGUCGCACCUCAUUGUACAUCAGAGAACUCAUACUGGGGAGAAACCUUUUGAAUGUAAUGAAUGUGGAAAGGCUUUCAAUGUGAAGUCACAGCUUGUUAUACAUCAGAGAUCCCACACUGGAGAGAAACCCUAUGAAUGUAAUGAAUGUGGAAAAGCUUUCAAACAAAAUGCAUCCCUUACCAAACAUGUGAAAACUCAUUCAGAAGAAAAAUCUCAUGAGUGAACUAAACGUGGGAAAUCAAAUGAAAUGCAUCCCUUACCAAACACGUGAAAACUCAUUCAGAAGAAAAUCUCAUGAGUAAAAUAAAUGUGGGAAAUCUUUUAAUUCAAACUAAAGGUUUUAUUUAACCUUAGUAGGAUUCUGAAUUUUAAGGAUGUUAGAAAGCAUUUAAUAAGAAGUCACACCUAAUUACACAGGAGAGAAUUUGAAAGUGAAUCUUAUGUAGAAGCAAUGGAUGAUACCAACCUUUUAUAAAAAAAAUUGUUUUAAAAAUAAUCAUUAAUUAUUUAUAUAUUCAGACCCAAAUAUAAAGCUUUAAAAAUCAUUAAUUAGCUGAAUAAUCAGAGCAAUAGAGAAACAAAUUACAUAUGCUGACAAUUCCUAAGUUGCUUGAGUGGAUGUACUUAAGCUCCAUAUAUGAGAAUUGAAUUUGCAUAUCUGCUAAUUUCCAUGUAUAAGUGUGUCUGGCCACUGGUAUGAGCCUCAUCUUUGAUAUUAUCACCUAACCCUUUUUUAAUGUCUUGUUAGCUUCUACAUCAGCUGGAAACUUUCUAAGAGUUAUUUAUGUAAAAAACAGUAACACAAAAUUAAGAAAAAAAUAAAAGCCGCUGAGGAUAGGGACAUCAUUCUCUACCAGCAGCAGUGUAUUGUUAAGUGAAAAAAGCAGGUUGCUGAACUGUGUGUAUAGUAUGUUCCCACUUAUGUACAAAAGGGGUGUUUACCUGUCCCUCUCUGUCUAUGUAUGUUUGCACAUAUGUAUGUAUACAUAUAUUUGUAUGUGAAUAGACUUGGUUUGAAAAAAUAUAGAAGAAACUUUAUAGUGGUUGUCAUGAACAAAAGAGUACAGGAGUGGGGACUAGGAUGGGAAGGAGACCUCCUUUUUAUUAUAUACUGUUGGAAUUUUUAAAUAAUGUACAUGGGUUAUUUUCACAAUUAAAAUCUUUUUAAUAUGCAUACAUCAACACUGAUUAAUAUUUUCACUGAGCUCACUCUGUGGUGGUGUUUGAUGAAGUGUCUAUGCCUGUUAUGAAGGGUGAUGAAUCUGAGGAUGUGCUACUAAACUUGGUAUUGAAUUCACCAAGACUUUUCCUAUCCAACACUCAUCUUUUUAUUAAAAUAAUGAAUUGCAAUUGUAAUUUAGCACUGUGUUUCUUCUAUAUGCCACAUUUUUUAAAAGAUAUGUUGUGAUUGCAGGUGAAUGAAAGUGAUUUUCUGAACAGUCACUCCUUUUUAUCACUUAUUCAGAGUACUUAUAUAUAAACCCCUCAAUCUAGGAUUUCAAAUGUGUUGCAAGAAAUGCCACUGUGUCCUGUUUUUGUUCAAUAGCAGACAUUGUUAAUGGAUCACUGCACUUUUUUCUGAGUGAACCUAAACUUGACCUCAGAGUCACUCCUAAGCAUGUAUUCCAAAACGUACUGUGAAUCAAUUUGGGUUUCCAGAUGAGAACUAUUUUCUACUGCAUACCUAUUUACUAUUAUUACUUUUUAACCUCAUAAGUCAUGGAUAAAAAAAUACAACUGAAUUUUUUUUGAAUUGUUACACUAAAAACAGUGACAUAAGGACAAAAAUGGUUUUGUUAUGUAAGGUAAUAAUAUUUGGCAUGCAUGUCUCCUUUUACAUUUUCACAGUACAUUCACUACAUUACCUCAUUUGUUCUUCGGAAUAAACAUAUGGGUCAAUAAGCAAGCCUUUUCUUGAUCAAUGCUGCUCAAUAAAUAUUUCACCUGGAUACUAGUCUAGCAUAAUGAUGGAUCCUCAACAAAUAUGUGAUCCAGUGCCAUUUUUGCAAAUACUUUCCAUACCAAGUUCCUGCCUUCCCAAUUUCCUCAUAUCAGAGAAUUAAAAGAUGUAAGUAUUGAGAAUGAAAUUGUGUGUGUGUGUGCA